AUGACCGAAAACCAGUCUCCAUUCCCUGCUCCCAUGCCACCGCAUCCUCCUCCCCAUGAAGGCAUGCAUGACCAUCACUCACAACACCAGCAACAGCAGCAGCAGCCACCUGUAAAGCAUGUACAACGAGCAAAGACCAUGAAAAGUACAGCGAGCAAAGUGGGUCGAUUCUUCAAGAAGACUGGAAAAGACAACAAUGACAAGCAUCGUGACAAUGAGUUGCGUUCCAUCUCAUCGGCAAGCAGUCAACGAGGUUGGGAUCGUGCUUCGUUUGGUGGAGGGCCUGAAUAUUAUAAUGAUGCCCUGGAUCGACCCGUCUCACAGGCUACUUCAUACUAUGGUGAGCCAUCCUACAAUGAUGUUGGAUCAGAUGUACGUCCUACUUCGAUACAGAAUGAUGGUGGAGGAGCCUUUUCACUAGCACGACAGCAUGCAGAUGAUGAUUCACCCGAGGUCCAAGAACUAUUACGCGAGCUUGAAGAAGUGAAUACGGCCAUUUCUCAUAUGCAAAAAGAAGUGAUUUCAGAAGCUGAUCGGAAGCAUGCAUUGCAACAACAAUAUGAAGAGAUGCGACGUAUGCUGCAACAAGAGGAACAAGAAUAUCAGCAAAUCGAACAUCGAUUCUUUGAGCACACGCGCUCUGUACGAGCCACUGAUGAUGAUUUAUCGACCAUUCGCGACACGUUCAAAUUACUAAAAUACUCGAUUGCACGCCUUAUCAUGUCCCUCAACAAAAAAGCCGACAUGCAAACCGCCGCAUCCAAGUUUGCAUCCAAAUGGCCUGCCUUGAUUCCAAAGGGUGCCUCUGAACUUGAGCCCGUACACAUCAACUUACUGGCAGAAAAGCUUGUGCAUGAACAUUUGGUCUAUGAGAUUUUCAAAUGCCCCGUCUAUCCAGGCAUGGAGAUCAACGAUGCUUAUGCUUCAGUGAGCGAAUGGCUGACAGCCAAUGGAUCCGAUUUCGCAGUACGCUUGCGACAACAACUAGCAUGCAUUAUCGCCAAAAGCAACAAAGACAGUGAUCUACAACAAGCAGCUGCCACAGAAAAGAAGCGGAUUGUCGAUACAAUUUACCAAGAUUUGGCCGAUGUGUACUCACCCUUUUUACGUGAACACGAUGCAAAGGCGGAUGAGGAGAAGCGAUACAUCAAUAAGGUGGCAGACAUUGUAGAGAAGGCAACCAAAUUGACAGUGGCUAUCCGUGGACAAGAGGUUGAUAUAUCUACACUCGAUACCAAGGAAGGAGAAGCACCCUUUGAUCCAGAAACGAUGGUCGACGUCAAGGGUAAAACAAGUGGCACAGUGCGUUUCUGUAUUUGUCCACCUUUUAUUGGAGGCGAUGGAGAACAUGGAUUCGUGGAAAAAGGCAAAGUCGUUGUUGCUUAG